ACGGUCAGAUAGCUGGCUGCUUCGUGGCACAGGACCCGCUGAAGCAGACCCAGUCUCGACAGGGCCAUGGAGCGCUUUAGCGCCGGUCUACCUUAAGCUUGCUGUGCGUGUAUGUGUGGCAGAGCCAUGGAGAUGAGCUGGCAGGGAAGCAGCCAUGAUCCAGAGCUGGAAGGGGGGAGGGAACAGUCACGUAGCCCAGCUAGGGUGCAGCCUCUCUGGGUCCCUACAGCACCGUCACUCCCUGAAGUGCCUCUGGGAAGCCAAGACUGUUCAGUGGCUGUAAGGUGACCCUCGUCUCUUACGGCGGGCCCUGGCUGUUGAGGGAAGUGGGUUUCCCCCCCCCUCCACUAACUGGGGAAUGACGAGGAGGCAGAGGAGAGAGGGAGGAGGUGUUUGGUUGUGCCUGUGGAAUUGGCAGAGGGAGAGACGGAGGGGCAGGGAGGAAAGAAGGAAGGAAGAAGGUUGUUCUGCGGUAAAAUGGUCGGAAGAGAGGGGUUUUAACUCAUUUUUCUAAGACCAUGGGCGACAUGAAAACCCCAGACUUUGAUGACCUGCUUGCGGCCUUUGACAUUCCUGACAUGGUCGAUCCGAAGGCCGCCAUCGAAUCUGGCCAUGAUGACCAUGAUGGGCAGAUCAAACACAACGUCCACCACGAUGAGGAGUCCCAUGUCCCUUCAGCCCCAGAUGUCGGAGUCAGCGUCAUUGUUAAGAAUGUCCGAAACUUGGAUACCAACGAACACCCACUUGCAGAUAAAGAUUCCCAUCAUCCCUCAGUGGGAAAUGGGAUGCACAAUGGUUUCAUGGCAGUGUCACCUAGCAACAGGUUAAGCAAGGAUGGAGACAAGCUUCAGAAAAGCCAUGCCAUGGAAGUGGCUGGGUCCACAUUCAGCCAGUUCAGUCCCAUUUCCAGUGCUGACGAGUUUGAUGAUGACGACAAAAUUGAAGUGGACGACCCUUUAGACAGGCAAAACCGUUUACCUUUUUUCCGACCAAAUCCUCUUACUGGAAUUAAUGUUAAACAAGAAGAGUUGUCCUCGCAGUCUUCCAAGCCAGGAGCUAAUGGCAACUUCAACCUUUCAAAAGCUGAAAACCCCAGUGCCAAUGGUACUUUGGGCAAUUCCCAUGAUCCUUCAAAACCCAAAAAAAGUGAGGCCCAGCCCAAGGAGGCGCUCAAAGCCCAAGACGGAAAAGAAGCAAAAGAAGCAGUUGUUGGGUUGAGCAUGACAAACCUCUCUCAGGCCAAGGCCAAGUCUUCAGUCAAGCUUUCGUCCUGCAUUGCUGCUAUUGCGGCUCUUAGUGCAAAAAAGGCCAGCACAGACUCCACAGUUGCUGAGCCCCUCACCCCUAAACUAGGCUCACCCAAAGAGGCUAAGGAAAGCCCAAAGGUGACAGAGAAACCUCCAGAGCAAGAAUCAGCUCUGGAGCUUGCUAAGAAAAUGCUCUCCAAACAGCCCGAGAGCCCUUGCAGUGUCAACAGCGAACACAGUAGCAAAGGGUCUCCCUCCUCACCAGCAGGGUCCACUCCUGUCAUUCCCAAAGUUCGCAUUAAGACCAUUAAAACGUCUUCUGGCCAAAUAAAGAGGACUGUCACUAGGGUGCUACCAGAGUUUGACCCUGAAGGUCUCAAAAAGGGCAUUGACGCAGCAUCCAUUGUGGUAUCUUCUCUCUUGCCCUCACCAACCUCAAAUUCUGUUUUCUCAUCCCCCACCAGAGCAGCACUACCUACCACAGUGGUGGCAACAUCUGCAGGCUCGACCAUUGAAGUGACAAAGCAAAUGACCAUCAAGCCUGUUGCCACUGCGUUCUUACCAGUCUCUGCAGUCAAGACAGCUGGUUCUCAGGUAAUUAACUUGAAACUGGCCAACAAUACGACAGUAAAAGCUACCGUCAUACCUGCCGCAACAGUUCAGAGCGCCAGCAGUGCCAUCCUCAAAGCUGCCAAUGCUAUUCAGCAACAAACUGUUGUGGUGCCCGCUUCCAGCCUCACCAACACCAAACUUGUUCCAAAGACUGUACACCUUACCAACUUGAACCUCCUUCCCCAGACAUCAGCCUCAGAGCUCCAUCAGGUCCUGUCGAAAUCCCAGCAACCCAUCAAACAAGCCAUGAUGGCCUGCCAGCCUACUAAGAAAGUGUCCCGUGUUCAGGUGUUGGCCAGCUCCCAGAGUUCAGUUGUUGAAGCCUUCAACAAAGUAUUGAGCAGCAUCAACCCUGUGCCAGUUUAUGUGCCCAACCUUUGCCCCCCAUCCUCUGCUUGCAUCUCUCUACCAUCGCGGGGCUACAAAUGUCUUGAGUGUGGUGACUCUUUUGCUCUAGAGAAAAGCCUAAGCCAGCAUUAUGACCGGAGGAGUGUUCGCAUCGAGGUCACUUGCAACCACUGCGCCAAAAACUUGGUCUUUUACAACAAAUGCAGCCUCCUCUCUCAUGCCAGAGGACACAAAGACAAAGGAGUCGUCAUGCAGUGUUCCCAUCUCAUCCUCAAGCCCAUCCCUGCUGAUCAGAUGAUCCUGGCCCCAUCGGUCACCUCUAGUGCCCCCAUUUCUACAUCAACCCAUGGUACUUCUUCUGUAGGCAGCCAAGGGAAGAGUGACAUGACAACAGUGAUCUCUGCCCCCUCUUCAGCCCCUGUAGUGGCUGCCAUGCCAUUGGACAAAGAUGUGUCCAGGCUCUGCCGGUCAAAUCUGAAGUGCUUGGAGUGUAAUGAGGUGUUUCAGGAGGAGUCUUCCCUGGCUAUGCACUAUCAACAGACGGCAGAGUCGAGUGGACAGAAAACCUGCACCAUCUGCCAAAUGCUGCUUCCCAAUCAGUGCAGCUUUGCCUCCCACCAGCGGAUCCAUCAGCACAAGUCUCCCUAUGUCUGCCCGGAGUGUGGGGCCACCUGUCGCUCCAUUUACUUCCAGUCCCACGUCACUAAGAACUGCCUGCACUACACACGCAGAGUGGGCUUCCGAUGUGUCCACUGUAGCGUCAUCUUCGCCGAUGUUGCGGGCCUCAAGUCCCAUAUUCAGGGGUCCCACUGCGAGAUAUUCUACAAAUGCCCCAUUUGCCCCAUGGCUUUUAAAUCUGCCCCAGGCACUCACUCUCAUGCCUACACGCAACACCCAGGUGUGAAGAUUGGUGAGGCCAAGUUAAUCUACAAGUGUUCCAUGUGCGAUACCGUUUUUACCCAGCAGCCUUUGCUGUACACCCACUUUGACCAGCACAUUUCCAACCAGAAGGUGUCUGUCUUCAAAUGUCCGGACUGCUCCAUGCAUUACGCCCAGAAACAGCUGAUGCUGGAUCACAUCAAGUCCACGCAUGGCACCCUGAAGAGCAUCGAGGGGCCUCCUAACUUGGGCAUUAACCUUCCAUUGAGCAGUAAGCCGAUUAACUCCAUGACCCCCAGUCCCAACAACAAAGAGGGGGGUGCCCUCAGCAGCCUGGAGAAAGAAGACAAGAAACCCGCUUGUGCAGUUAAGAAGGCCGGUAACGGAACGGAACUCCUCAAAAAGCCCACAUCGGCGUCCGCGGCCAGCGUGUGCCCUGGAUGGAGCUGUAAGGAGUGUGACCGACUCUUCACCCAGAGGGAGGUGUUCAUUGCACACAUGAAGAGGGAACAUGGCAAGCACCUGAAGAAACAUCCCUGUCGCCAAUGUGACAAGUCAUUCAGCUCCUCCCACAGUCUGUGCCGACAUAACCGGAUCAAACAUAAAGGUGUCCGGAAGGUCUAUUCCUGUCUACACUGUCCAGACUCCAAGCACACAUUCACCAAGAGGUCACUUCUGGAGAAACACGUCCGGCUAAUGCAUGGCAUCAGUGAAACAGAGGGCAAGGCGUCAGAUGAGCCCCCCAACGCGGACGACCCUUCCAGCAAGGAUCAGGUACGCAGUCCCAAACGCAAGCUCACCUCAGAUGGCGAGGAUGCUGAAGAGGACGAUGAGGAAGACAACAAGGGAGGGGCGGGGUCUCCCGGCCAGCAUCGCAGGGGCGUGUCCUCACAGCCUCUGAAGAAGCUGAAGGUGAACGUCUUCAAAACUCACAAGUGCGCCAUGUGCAACUUCACCACCGAGGACCUGGUGCGCUUCCACGAACACAUUCCCCAGCACAAGACGGACGUCUCAUCCCACCAAUGCCGUGAGUGUGGCCUCUGCUACACCUCGCACCAUUCGCUGGCCCGCCACCUCUUCAUCGUGCACAAGCUGAAGGAGCCGCCGGGCUCCGGGCGCCAUAGCGACCAACAGGAGAACACUCCAGCGCCGGAGGAGACCCAGGGCAUCCCAGACACGCAGUGCAAAGUGUGUGGCAAGGCCUUCGAGACCGAGGCCGCCCUGAACACACACAUGCGGACGCACGGUAUGGCCUUCAUCAAGUCCAAGAGACUGAGCGUGGCAGAGAAGUAGCGUUUAAGUAGCGCCCGCUGUGGGAGAGAGGUGCUGAGUCUUUUGUUAUGGGAAUGAGACAACACGGAUCUGGGGUGGACAUGGGGGUGUUGUUCUUUUUUGGGACUCUUUGUAUGCUCACAUAUAAAACAAACAUAUACAUAUAUAUGAGAAAUGUACAAAUAUUGCACACACAAAAAAUUGUGUUUAAAGAUAUGUAAUAUAUUGAAACUGGAUUUAUGUGUAUUUAAAUAUCUAUGAGAACACAUUUUGUACACUUUAUGAUAGAUGUUUGUAUGAGUGUUGAAUAGAUCUUUUUUUUACAGUUGAAGGUUUAUUUUCCUGUAGACCAGUCGUCUCAUGGUUGUGUUUUGAGCAAGCAGAGCGUGUUAAAAGCCGUUUAAAACCCGCUUGUCUUGGGUUCCUUAACGUCUGCGUGACUCUACAGCGUCCAAUGUCUCAGUCUCUCUUAGACAGGCUUGUUUUUGCUUUUAAAGGAAAAUCAGUCCAUUCAUGCAACCAGAGUAUUGAGAAACAGUAACUGCUUGAGUCCCAGUGCGUUCACUUAGAUUUGUUGGGUACAUUCCUGUUUCAUGAAUCAGACAUCAGUUUUAAACUAAUAUUUAUACUAAACCUUACCACUACGGUAUUUAAAAAAAAGAAAAGAAGAAGAAGCUUUUUUUUAUCAGUUCCAGGACUUUAGCCACUGCCAGUAGACCAUAUGAGAUCCAAAACAUGUUUUGUAACGUUGGGUGUUUUACAGAGACCUUCAAAUCAGUUUUGGCUUAACCUUUUAUUUUAUAUUUAUCAGCACUCCCACCAGCUUGUAACAGUUACAGAAGAGUUACAGCUUCUGGCUGUUUGAUGUCUCUCUCAACAUUCAUAGCAGGAAGCACUUUGACUUUCCCGUUGUACCAGUCUGUAAUGUCUCACAUGUUGAAUGUCCCUGUAGGAUGUGUGCGAACAGAACUAGGGAACAGAACACGUGUGUUUGAGUAGGUGCAAGGUCUCCAGUACAUUCCAUCUCUAACGUCCCCUGCCUGACCACAGUAAAUCAUUGGACAGUGCUUAGCCACGCAGGCAAACGCAGCCAAUCACUGUCAGAGUCCCGCCCCAGUCACGGUCAAAGCCCCGCCCCAGGGUUUCCGCACAAACAAGGUACGAAUUUUUGAGUUCUUUUUUUACCUCUCAGUACAUCGUUGUAUUAAUCCAGCGGAAACAUUUGCUGUUUUAUUCUGAGAGGCUUUGGUCAAAUAUAGAAGUUUUAAUUUAAAAGGUUCAGGUGACGUUUGCCUGCAAUUAAAGAAUGUUUCUGAAUGUGAAACUGGAACCGUUGUAGGAGUUGCAGCUCUUAGCCGUUCAGCGUUUUCAAUGUUCAAUUGUUUGCUCUGUCAGAGACGUGCUAUAUUGUAUAAGGAAAUACUAAGGAUUAAAAAACAAGAACUUUAAUAUGGUA